UUCUCCUUAGUCACCACCAACAUGUCACAACAUCUUUAAUUUUCGCAUGUAAUAUCAAAACCUAAUUACAGAACUGCAGUAAAACAUAAAUUCCUUACUUCAGUAACAAAAAAUUAUUAGCGAGAAACACUCACCUACGCCUUCAAAUAGCGUAUUGAAAAUAAUAGAGUACAAUGAAAAAAAACAUGAAAGAAUUCGAAUAUGAUUUCGAAAAAGCGUUCCGCAUUACAACAAAAGCCCUCCACUUAAAUCGAGCCCAUCCUUUUAUUGAGAGGAAUCUAUUUUGGUGCUUUCAAUUUCUGCUUAUAUUGACGCUGUCAGUGAUGACUUUUGUAUUCACUUUCAACUCCCUGUUAUUUUACGAUAUUCCAGCAGGUGAAAUCGCAGAAGCAAGCAAGAAUGGCACAAUGGCAAUCGUGUCCCUUACCAUCACUUUUAAAUAUACGUUUUUACUUUACAAUCAAAACUACAUCAAACGCUACAUUGCCAUCAUAAAUAAGGACUAUGAACUGUCAAAGGGUUUCGUUGCUGAAGAGAGGGCCAUUGUUAUAGACUAUUCGAGAAAAGGAGCAAAGGUUUCUCUAUAUUGGCUGGUUGCGACAACUGCUACAAGCAUUUUGUUCCCCGUAAAAGCUUUAGUCCAAAUGGUUUACUAUCAUUGGGAAGAUGAAUUCAGAUUCGUUCCAAUGUUUGAUAUGAGGUAUCCGACUACAAUAGAAAUAAUGAAAAAUGUACCGGCAAUGUUUUGUCUGCUAUUCCUAUUGUGCCUAAUGUUUGACGUUUAUGCUACCACUAUGUACGUAGGUUUUGACCCCUUGGUUCCAAUAUUCUUAACGCACAUCUGUGGUCAGCUGGACAUCCUGAGCCAGAGGAUCAUGGAUAUAUUCUCGGACGAAUCGAAUUUAAACAGUCAAGAAGUGAAUUAUAAAUUGAAAUGUAUUAAUGUAACAUUACAAGAUCAAUACAACAUGAUAAAAGAAAUAAAAAGCAAGUUUACAUUUUUAUAUGAGUUUACUAUGAAAACUACCACUAUUCUGCUACCACUGUCGAUGUUCCAAAUAGUUGAGGUAAAUUCACAUUCAGUCAUUGAUCGCAAUUCUUCUGUAGAUGACUAUGUUCUCCGUGUUUACCUCUGUUAACCAUGGAAUUUAUAUAUCCAACGGUAGUUAGUUAGAUACCUAUAUAACUUCCUUUUUUAAAACGUAUAAAUAACAAAAGAAUAGUAGAUGCGGCAUUGGGGUUUCAAUAAGCAACCUCCAGUAAAAGUUAAGAAUAAUCUGGUUCCGUUACUAAACAACAGUUUUUCUUAUUGUCUUAAUAAUAAAUAUUUAUGCAACAAAUCUGUAUAACAACUGUUACUAAGGCAAAGGAACCAAAUUAUUCUUACCCUUAAAUAAAUGAUAAGCCUCAUCAAUUGGUAAUAUUGAAUAUAAAAGUUUAUUUAAGUUGUAAUAAGUUUAUUACAAUUGAUGUUUAAAAAAUUAAACUAAAACAGAUUAUUUAAAAUAUAUGUAAAAGUGUCUGAAAUAACUAUACGGUAUAAUCUAAUAUAUAAAAUUCUCGUGUCAUGGUGUGCAUAAUUGAACUACUCCGAAACGGCAUGCAUAUUCAGUAAGUUUGAGAAUAGAACAACAUCUAUUUUUC